AUGAAAAUAUUAUUCUGGUUGAUCUCAUAGGGAUAUAUGUGGCUACCUAGAAAAAUACAGAAAUCGGUCUAAUAAUCUUUACUUUUAUAACAGGGAAUUGAUUAAACACAAAAAAUUGAAUUCUCGAAUGGAGAGGUGUAAAAGAUCACCAAUUUUGAAAUUCCAACCAAUAAUAUCAAAUUAAUUAGUAUUAAUACUAUAAUUGGGACAUUUAUAGAAAAUAUAAUAAGCAUUGAAAACAUAAUAAUAUUAGGAAUUCUAAUUAUCCUACUUUCUGGUAAAACUUAUCGUCACGAUGAAAACGAAGAGAUCAUUGUGUAUUAUACUCUAUUUUGUUACCUUCUCAAUCUAUUGUUAUCUCUUGCAAAUAUACUAUUAAUUGCCUUUUAACGAAUGAUAUAAUAAAAAGCCAUCAAUUCUUAAAAAUGCACUAUCAUUGCUAAAUUCCCAGAUAUUACUGCGAAGCAAAUCUCAAAUGAAAACAAAGAGUUGAGUUCAUAUUAAACUAUAACUUGGAGUUAAUUAACAGUUGGUCACAUUAUAUGCUUACAAUAGAAUGAGUAGAGUCCUGCCGAUUUAUUGAUCUUGGAUUCAAGUAAAGAGCAAGUUCUAAUCAAUUUUGAUUAAAGAACUCCAUGCUCGUGUACUUUUGUUAGUUUAAAUUAAACAAUCAAGGGAAAUAUAUUAGACUUCAAAACAAAGUUAAGUGGAACUAUUUAAUUCACUAUUACAGAUCUUUAAAUAUAGGGGACUAUUAAAAUGAAAAAUGAUCCAAAAUUAACCCCUUUUACCAAAAAGAAUAUGAUUUAGAGAGGAGAAAUCCUGGAUUCAGUGGAUUGGAUUUUUGGUAUGGUUAUUAGAGUCGGUAAUGAUUGCAUUGCUUAGGCUAAUUUUUCCAAUUAGAACUUUACACAAUCAAGUUGGAUACACAAUAUUUAUUAGUAAAUUGUACUAAUAUGUAUAGUAUUGUUUAUAAUAUUAUUCGUUCCAAAUAUCAUUUAUUAUUCUUUUUAAUCUUAUGAGAAGUAUUUCUAUAGUAGUAUCACCUAUUGUUUAUUAGUAAUACCCCAAAAUUUAUUAUGGUUAAAUUAAUUGUGGCUUAUGAUUAACAUGAUAACAAAUAAUAAGAAAUUUAAUAAGAAAGAAGAUAAAGUUUGUGUUACGUAGAAAUCAAUGAAUAGAUUGUUAACCGAAAUCAAUGAAAAUCAGUUACUUAUUAUAUCUGAAAAUGAAAAGAAAGUGCUAUUGCCAAUAUAAAAAUAGUUUAAAAUGAAUCACCCUAAGACAGUACAAACAGAAACUGAACCCCAUAAAUAGUAAAAGACAGAAAGAAAUUUAAAAGGAAUUUUGACCUUUUCCCCAAAAAAUAUACUAGAUAUGAUCAAAGGAGAUAUGAUCUUAAUAAAUAAUCCUCAAGAAAUAUUUAAAAAUAAGCAUUAAAUUGUGUAGAUAAUAACCAACAGUUAAAAAUAAUAUAUAUUUAACUACUAAAAAUUGUAAGAAUUAAUAUAGAAAGCAUCUCCAACAUUGAAAACCAAUUAUGAUAAAUUAUUAAUAGAUACUAAUAGACAAUAGACCAAUGAUGAAUAGAAGACAUAAGAUUUAGAUUUUUUAUUGGCAGAGAAAAAAGUUCCAAAUUUAAGAAAUUCAAAUGAAGGUCUUAAUUAAAUAAAGAAGCUUUAAUUGGCUAAAAGGGAGGAUUUUGGAAUCAAAAGUUUAUCAAGUGCAUAAAAACAAUAAUUACCUAAAAAGAAAAGUACAAGGUAUAUUUUUGAUUAAUCCUUUGCGAAGAAAUCAUUAGAAAGAAUUGAUUCAAUGAAAGAUCUUAGUAAAUUAAAUACUAAUUCUUCAAAUGGUAAUAUUACUCCUCUUGUUUCAAUUUCAAAAUAAAGAAGUUAGUUUUUUGGCAAAGGGGGAACUAUGAUAAAACAGUUCAAUAAUUAUAACUCUUCUCUAUAAAUAUCUCCAAUCAAAUAGAACGAAGAUCAAGGCACAGACAGAUUAGUUGGAGAUUAUAAUAAUGAAUAAGAUUUUAUAGAAUAGCUCUAUAAAAAGGAUGACACUCUUCAUAAUGAAAUAUUAUUGAUGAUUCUAAUUACAAAUAAUAUUUUAAGUGUUUUCGAUGAUUAAAAAAGGUAGUUACAAUUUAAUUUUGGGAAUAAAUUUGAUGAGUCUUUAUUAGAAUUUACAAAGGUCUUCAAUUAUUAACUGUUGUGCAGUACUGAGAUCGAAAACUCAAGAUUGGAUUAUCAAUUAAAAACUUAUAUCAAAAAGGUGAUUUCUAUUGAAAAUCAAGUGAAAGUUUUUGAAGUUUUAGCAUUUUUGGAGCCGACUGAAAAUAGAAAGAAUACUCUAUCUGUUUUAGUAAGAGAUCCUGAAUCAUUUCUAUUGGAAGAAGGUUCGAUUCUAUAUACAAGAAUUUAAACUAAUUAAUUAAAGAACAUCAUUAAAGGAAAAAAUGAUUCUAAUAGCAAACCGUCUGAAUAUUAUAAUACUUAUAACGAGUAAUUAUAAGAAUUAUUAUGGGAUGGCCAAUCAACUUUUGUAUAUAGUAAACGUUAGUUGAGCUAAGGACAAACAUAAGAGUUCUUAUCAAAAUUGUCUUAAUUGCAUGAUGCUUACGGUAAUAGAUCAUAAGAAAUAGAAAUUGAAUAUAAAAAGUUAGAGUCACAAAAUGAAAUCUUGUUUAUUAUAGGGAUUAAAUCUGGGUAUUAGAAUAAUUAAAUACAAAUUUCACAAAAUGAGUUUAACGUAGAUUCUCUGAAGGAGGAUAAGCUUUUUCAAACUUUGUAUAUCCAAAACAUCAAGACCUGUUUAACUACAUCAGAGUCAUAUGAAGAAUUGAUUAUUUUUCUUAGAUCACAUUAAGUAGUUUAAAAAGAAUAAAUUAUUCAUUUUAAUGAAAGGGAUGUGCAAUAAUUGUAAUAUAGGUUUAGAUAACAUAUAUAAUAUAUGUUAGAAGAAUAGGAUAUCAUGGGAUCUGAUGUAUAAAAGCAUAUGGAGAAAUAUAUAAUCAUCAGCAAACAGUCAUUCAAGAUAAUAUUGUAAGAUGAUUAUCUAAAAUAUCAUUUUGUAUUUAUAACAUAAUUUGCAAGUGGUUUGGGAGCCUAUGAAUUUACAGGUAAAUGCAAUGGAUAACUAAUAAAGUUACUAAAAUUAAAUAACAAGAAAAUAAUUAGUAUUGGAAAUUCUCUACAAAACAACUAUUAGUUUAAUAAGUCAGACAUUAGUUUUACAUUGGCUUAAAAUAAUCCUUUCUUUUGUAUCACUUAGCCAAAUUUCAUAGUUAAAAAUAUAAAGUAAAUAUUUUCAUUCUUAUACUUUUAUUGCACUCAGUAUUUACAAAAUUACAUUUCUCUUUUAGAAAUCUAAUUAUACAGAAGCACUCUAAUCGGAUUAUCAGUAUUUGGAAUAAGUUUUUCUUAAAACGAUAUCAAUUUAUUUACAUUGAUAAUAUUUUAUCUUAUCCCUAGCAACUUAUUAACAUUCAUUUUCUAACAAUACUUGCUUAUUAUUUAAGUAGAUUAUGAUUUGAAGAAUUUUAAUAUUUUUGCAAAAAGAUUAAACAUACUAAAAAACGAAAACAUGUUCAAUUAGAUAAGCAAAAUUAUUAUUAUAGCAUUGUUUGAUUCAGCAUUGGUAAUUUUAUUAGAAAAGGCAAUUAUACAUGUGUCUUCCAGUGAUGGAAGGAUAAAUUAAACAAUUCAAGUUUUGUUGUUGUAUUUGGGUAUUGAGCUUUUGGAGAAAAGUAAGUUAUUAUUUAUUGUUUUUGAUAUGUUUAAGGAUCUUUUAUAUAAGAUUAAGCAGACACUUAUAAUUCUCUCUAUAAUAUUGGUUUUAUCAUUUAGCUAUUUAAUAGUGCAGUCAUUAUAAGAUAAUUAGGAGAUUUCAUUACAAAUAAAUAACUUAGGAUUGGUAGUUUUUAUAUUCAUGGCUGUCUUUUUAGUAGGAGUAUCUUUUGUUCUGUAUUAAUUACUUCAGUUGAUUAAUAUUGAGUUCUCAUUUCCACUUGAUAAUGCAUAAUUAGAUAUUCAUAUGAAGCAGAUCACUGAUAUAAAACAAAACCUGAAUUUGGAGACUAAUGAGAAAGGACACUUUCAAAACAUAAAGAAAAUGAUAGAAACAUUAUUUGAGAAUAUGGAUAUAGUGGAUGAAUAGAUAACUAAAUUUAUAAAGGUUGAUUAGACAACAAUAGAUUACAUGGAUAAAACUCAUGGAUUUUAUGAUAGAAGAACGGAGAAUGAUUUUAUGGAUUUCUUUAGAUAAUAGAAUUGGCAAAAGUUUAGCUUAUUAUAUGUAGUUAUAUUUUAUGAAGUAACGAUAUUUAUAAUUCACUUAUACGAGAUUAUGAUGUCCACCUUUUCAACAUCUAUUCUGAUAAUAAUCAUCAUCUAAUUUUAGUUAUAAUUGUGUAUUGUAAUUCUGUAAUUCAGAUUCAUUUACAAUAGAACUCUGUAGUAAUAAUUGUAAAUCCUAUCAUUUGCAUUACGAUUCGUUUUUAAAAUCAUAAUAGAUUUAGUCUACUUGGAUCAAAACAAGGAAUUCACUGCUUUUCUCUAUCACACUUUAUUUAUUAUAUCUUUUGCACUCACAACCCAACCAAAGAUCAACAUGUAUUUAUACGUUGCUUUGCAAGUGAUUAUGUAUCUAUUUAAUUUAGUAUUUGAUGGAUUCACUAUUAAUUUUGAGAAUGUUAAUCAAGCCAUAUUCUGCACAUUGAAAUACUUUUUUAUUAUUAUUGAGAUCUCAUAUCCUAUUUUUAAUUACAUACAGAAAAUAUAAUUCUUAUAAAGAUCAUAGUAUGUGUAUUAAAAUAGAUUAACAAAGGAAUAGAAGAAAAUUAAUAGUGUAUUAGGUCUAUUAAUGCCUCGAUUCAUUCAGGAAAGAAUGAAUAAAGGCCAGAUUUAAAUCUCCUAAGAUCAAGGAGAUGUUAGUGUUUUAUUUUGUGACAUUUAUUAGUUUGAUAAAGUAAUUAAAGAUUAAUAGGAAAAAAUCAUUGAAUUUUUAGAUACCAUUUAUAGAGCCUUUGAUUAAUUGUGUUAAAACUAUGAUUUGCAGAAAAUUGAAACCGUUGGGAAAACCUAUAUGGCUGCGGGUGGUCUUAAGGAUUAUGAUGUUGUAAUAAAUUAAAAAAAUGGAAAUAGCACUUCCAGAGCCCUUGAAACUGCAAUAUAAAUGAUGGAAACAGUCAAAACCAUGAAAUAUGGAGAUAACUAGGAUGUUCAAUUGAAAAUAGGAAUCCAUUAUGGCAGAGUGAUUGCUGGAGUUAUUGGUGUUCAUAAACCUUAGUUUUCCUUAAUAGGAGACACAGUGAAUACAACAAGUAGAGUUUGUAGUACAGGAGAAGCUGGAUUUAUUACGUUAAGCGAGGCUGCAUAUUUAAAUAUCAAGGACAAUACUAAAUAUUAAUUUGAAUAGAGAUCAGUUGCUGCCAAAGGAAAAGGCAUGCUUGAAACUUUUAGAUUAAUUGUGUAGUAAAAAGAAUCGACCAAAAAUUUGACUCCAAAGGCAUCAACAUAAGAAUGUUAAGACAAAAUUUCAAUCCUAGGGUAAGAAUCAAAAAAAAAAAUAUUGAAUUACAAGUCACCUGCAGACAAAAAGAAUAUUCUUAAAAGAUCAUCUGCUUAACCAGCUUAAAUUGGUGCCUUAAUGCAUGGCGAUCAUGCGAAAUCUCCAAAACUAGUUAUUAGAUAAUUACAUAGAGAAACACAAUCUUCCAUUAUGCCAAAUAUGAUUUUAAAAUAGAAACCAUCUGCAGAAAAUAAUUCAGAAUCUAAACGUUUGAAUUAAAACAAAUCGAAAUCAUUUAAUUAGAAUGAUGACAUCCAAAUGAACCAUUCAAAUAAUGCCAAGACUCCUGGGUUCUAAAAGAAUUGGAUUCAAAAACGUCAAAGCAUUCUAGAUAAUAAUUAAGCAAAUGUCUAAACAAUACAAUAUAUUUAAUAAGGAUCAAUUACAUAGCUUUAAUUCCAACCUGAUCCUAGACUUCUUAAUUAAGCUGUAUCUUCAUCCUGCCAAUAGCAAAUACUUUAAUCAGGAGUGAACUUAUCUCAUUAAUCAAAUCAAUAGUAAUUCUUAAACUCAGCUGAUCAAUUACUAAAGAUUUCUGAUUAACAAGCAGAUAACAACAAAUAGGAGGGCUUAAAUUGUAUUCCUAGGCCAUUAAUAAAGAAGAAAGGAACCCUAAUUUUGGGAGAAUUGACUUAAAGGAAGGCAGGAAUCAUGAAAUCUAAUACUAAAAUAAUAAUACCUGAGGAAAGGGAAAAAAAUCAGAUUAUUAAAAUAUCUGGUGUAGGUGGAGAGAAUGAACCAUUAAUGGAACAGAAAAUAUAAAUCAGAAAUUAAAGAUCUUUAAAAUUACAAUAACUUUAAGAUUCUAGUUCAGCUUUAAAGAAAAGUCCAGAAUCUAAUAUUGAAAGAUUAGAAGAAUUAGAAAUAGCGAAAAAAAAGUUGAUAAUCACAUCUGAAUAGAAGUUUGACUAUUAGACAUUAGAGAAAAUCAAAAAGUAUAAAUUAGAUUAUGACGAGAAGUCUAUUUUUGAAAUAGAUAGUAAUUAAUUCAAGAAUGAUGAUUAAUAACUAUAUCAUUCUAUCUAUGAGGAAUAUAAAGAGUAGGAAAAGCCAUAGAUGAGAACUAUUUUAAUAUUUCUAACCAUCUUAAACAUGUUUAAGGGUUUGCUUUUAUUUAUUUUAAGUUAGGAAUUUUACAAUUCCUAUAUUGAAUUAAUAAUUAUUUAGGUUUGCAAGUUUUUUAUGUGUUCAAUUUUGACCAUUUGUUAUUCAAAGAUUUAGGAUAAAAUGAACCUUGAAAAGCUUAAGAUUAUAAUUUGGAUUUAUUUUGUUAGUUCAAGUAGUCUUUCUAUAUUAAUAAUCUUUUUUGAAGAGUAGGAGGAGUUUGAAGUAAUUUUAUAAAUAAGUUCUAUAACAGCUUUGUAUUUAAAUAUUUAUCUUUCAUAAAUCUUAAAUUAUGAAGAUAGAUAGAAAUUUGUUGCUAUAUUUAUGAUUGCUAUAACAAUAAUGAUUGUUUAUGAAAAAUACAUUUUAGAAAUAAUUAUUUAUUAGUUGGGAAUUGCAGGAUUAACCUUUUUUUGUUAAAUGCAAGAGAAGGAAUUACUAUUUAAGAACUAUUUAAUAAGUUUAUAGUUAUCAACUUAAAUAGCAAAAUACGAGAAUAUGCUCCAAUAUUUGAUGCCUCCACAUGCUUUGAGAAGAUUGUUGAAUCCUGUUCAAGAGAAUACGGACACAUUCAUGGAUGUAUUGGAAAACACUACUGUUUUAUUUGCAGACAUUGCUGGUUUCACUAAAUAUUCAAGUUCUGUUGAACCAGAAACUGUGGUCGAUAUGCUUAGAAAUUUAUUCUCAAACUUUGAUUAGUAUUGUUAGAAAGCAGAAAUUUAUAAGUUGUUUACCAUUGGAGAUUGUUAUGUUUGCAUGGGUGUCUUAGAUUGUAAUAAUAGAGAUCCUGCAGGGGAAGCCUAAAAAGUCUUGGCAUUUGGAUUUAGUAUGAUUGAAAUCAUCAAUCAUUAUAAAAUGGAUCCCCAGUAUUAACAUCUGAAUAUGAGAAUUGGAGUCCACACAGGCAGAGUAUUGGGAGGCGUUGUUGGAACAGAUGUUGUUAGAUAUGAUAUCUAUGGAGAAGAUGUUACUAUUGCAAAUCUUAUGGAGUCAUCAGGAUAAGAAGGAAAAAUACUUGUUAGUGAUGCCACUAAAAAUUUAGUUGAAAGUGAAUAUGAGGGAUUCUAAUUCGAUUAUGCCAAAGAUGUUUAUCUACCCUCAAAAAAUAUGACCAUAUCUACUUACUUUGUUUAACCAAGUGAGAUAGAGUACAGUUAAGAUGAUUGA